AAAUCAUUAUCACUAAUGUCUGUUCUUAAUAAUUCUGAGGUCCAGUUUUUUCUUCUGAUUGGGAUUCCAGGACUAGAAUAUGCUCAUGUAUGGUUCUCUAUUCCCAUUUGUUUCAUGUACCUGAUUGCUAUCAUGGGUAACUGCACCAUUAUCUUUAUCAUAAAGACAGAGUCCUCACUUCAUGAGCCUAUGUAUUAUUUCCUUGCCAUGUUGGCCAUCUCUGACCUAGGCUUAUCUUUCUCCUCUCUGCCUACCAUGCUAAGAAUAUUUUUGUUCAAUGUUAGAGAAAUUUCACCUAAUGCCUGCUUUGCUCAAGAAUUCUUCAUCCAUGGAUUUACAGUUAUGGAAUCCUCAGUGCUUCUGAUUAUGUCUUUGGAUCGCUUUCUUGCCAUUCACAAUCCCUUGAGAUAUAGUUCUAUUCUCACUAGUAGUAAAGUUGCUAAAAUAGGUCUGAUCCUAGUCAUCAGGAGCAUCAUCUUAGUUCUUCCAUUCCCAUUUACUCUCAAGAGACUAAAAUAUUGUCAGAAGAAUCUCCUUUCUCACUCAUAUUGUCUUCAUCAGGAUACCAUGAAGUUAGCCUGUUCAGACAACAAGGUUAAUGUUAUCUAUGGUUUCUUUGUUGCACUCUGUACUAUGUUAGACUUGGCAUUGAUUUUUCUGUCUUAUUUACUAAUCUUGAAGACUGUACUUAGCAUUGCUUCUCUAGCAGAAAGGCUAAAGGCCCUUAAUACCUGUGUUUCCCACAUCUGUGCUGUGCUCAUUUUCUAUAUACCCAUUAUUUCUCUGGCUGCCAUUCAUCGUUUUGCCAAACAUAAAAGCCCUCUUGUUGUAAUCCUUAUUGCAGAUAUAUUCUUAUUGGUACCACCUUUAAUGAACCCUAUUGUCUACUGUGUAAAGACAAGACAAAUUCGGGAAAAAGUCUUGGGGAAAUUGCUUACUAUAUGUAGGAGAUAA